AUGAAACCCAGCAAUACACCCUACUCCGACGCCCGUCGUAAGGCAGACAUCACCGACGAUGCCAUGACCGACGUCAGCGUAUCGCUCCUCAGCGACGAGGGCAAGCCGUGGAAGCGGGCAGACAUUGAAGACGGCAGACGCUCCCCAUCAUCACGAGCGAGUCAAUGCGCAAAGACCCGGAACCUAUUGCGACGCUGGCGCUGGCUGCUCGAUACCUUUCUCCUGGUCGUCAUCGUCGGCCUGCUUCUCGAGCGAAGGGGUCUCCAAACAUCCAGCACACCAGACAAGCGUCUCGAGCCCGUCGGUGACCUCACAGGAUUCGCACCCAAAUACUUUGUUCCCGACGACCCAAAAGCCCUCUUCACAAACGCAACCCUCCAGGAGCAGUGGCUCUCCAUCGUACCCAAGGGCCUGGGCUACCUCGAAGUAAAGGACCCGAAAGCCCACGACAACCUCCCCGUCCCGCUACCCGAGUUCGCCCCACGCACCGUCUUCACGACCUCGAUGACGCACCAGCUGCACUGCCUGUACGCCAUCCUCGAGAGCUACGCGGGCAUGGCCGUCAACGGCAGCGCCAACGUCGAUAUGCACUCGCAUAUUCCCGAGGGUACGGAGGGCGCGGAGGGCCCGUGGCAUUUGCAGCAUUGUUUUGAGUAUUUGCGGCAGGCCAUCAUGUGCGCUGGCGAUGUCGCGCUGGAAGGCACGCAGACGACGUUCCCGCCUGGGUUUACGGGUAGCGAUGGAUGGGAUGCGAAGCACGUCUGCAAGGACUACAAGCAGGUGUACGACUACCUCGACAAGAACCGGGCUUUGGAUGACCACUGGAUUUGA